AUGACAUCGGCAACGGCGGACAAGACAGAGCAGAUACCAGGCCCGCCGGGCUACCCACUGGUGGGCAAUGCGCUCUCCAUCGACCGCGAGACCCCGCUGAGCACGUGGGAGGGCUGGGCCGACCAGUAUGGCGAGAUAUUCCGCGUCACGCUCCCUCAGGGGACCGUAGUCAUCGUUAGCUCUCAAAGGCUGGUGCACGAGCUCUGCGACGAGAAGCGGUUUCACAAACCCGUCAGGGGCGCGCUCCAGGAGAUCCGCAACGCCGUGCAUGACGGCCUCUUCACGGCGAGGGAGGACGAGCCCAGCUGGGGCAUCGCACACCGCAUCCUGAUGCCGGCGUUCGGCCCGGCAUCGAUCCAGGGCAUGUUCGACGAGAUGCACGAGGUCGCGUCGCAGCUGGCGCUCAAGUGGGCACGCCACGGCGCCGACGCCGACAUCAUGGUGACAGACGACUUCACGCGCCUGACGCUCGACACGCUCGCCCUGUGCGCCAUGGACUUCCGCUUCAACUCGUACUACCACGAUGACCUGCACCCUUUCAUCAACGCCAUGGCCGGCUUCCUGACCGAGUCGGGUGCCCGCGCGCUGCGGCCCGGCCUGGUGUCGGUCUUCUUCCGCGAGGCAAACCGCAAGUACUGGGACGACAUCGAGGUGCUGCGCCGCACAGCCCAGGGCGUGCUCGACUCGCGCCGCAAGCACCCCACCGGCCGCCGCGACCUGCUGGCCGCCAUGCUCGAAGGCAUCGACCCCAAGACGGGCCAGAAGCUGAGCGACGCGUCCAUCAUCGACAACCUCAUCACCUUCCUCAUCGCCGGCCACGAGACCACGUCGGGCCUGCUGAGCUUCGCCUUCUGCCAACUCAUCAAGCACCCGGCGGCCUACCGCAAGGCGCAAGAGGAGGUCGACCGCGUGGUCGGCAGCGGGCCGAUCCGGGUGGAGCACAUGAAGAAGCUCCCCUACAUCGCAGCAGUCCUCCGCGAGACGCUGCGGCUUUGUCCGACCAUCCCCGUGAUCGCGAGGCGCGCCAACGAGGACACCGUCAUCGGCGGCAAGUACGCCGUGCCCAAGGGCCAGAGCUUCCUGCUGCUGCUGGCGCGCUCGCACGUAGACCCGGCCGUGUACGGCGAGAGCGCCCGCGGCUUCGUGCCGGAGCGCAUGCUCGACGACAACUUCGAGCGCCUGAUGAAGGAGUACCCAGACUGCUGGAAGCCGUUCGGCAUCGGCAUGCGCGCCUGCAUCGGCCGCCCGUUCGCCUGGCAGGAGGCCAUGUUGGUGAUGACCAUGCUGCUGCAGAACUUCGACUUCGCCCUGUCCGACCCCAGCUACGAGCUGCGCUACAAGCAGACGCUGACCACCAAGCCCAAGGACUUCUACAUGCGCGCCACCCUGCGCCACGGCCUCACGCCCACCACCCUGGAGCGCCGUCUCGCCGGCGGUUCAAGUCCUGAGUCGUCGGGCGCCGCGCAGCAGCAGCCGGCAGCCAAUUCCAAACCGAACGGGGUGGCCCGUCCGUUGUCCGCGGCGGCCCGGGCGGACGCGAAGCCGAUGAGCAUCUUCUAUGGCUCCAACACGGGCACCUGCGAGAGCCUCGCCCACCGCCUCGCCACCGACGCGGCCGCCCACGGCUUCGCGGCGACCGUGAUCGAGCCAAUGGACGCGGCGACCGAGAAGCUGCCCACGGACCGGCCCGUCGUCGUCAUCACGGCCUCGUUUGAGGGCCAGCCGCCGGACAACGCCGCCGCGUUCUGCGGCUGGCUCGGCCGGCUCAAGGCGGCCGAGCUGCAGGGCGUGUCGUACGCCGUCUUCGGCUGCGGCCACCACGACUGGAACCAGACGUUCCACCGGGUCCCCAAGCUCGUCGACGGCACCAUGGCCGCGCGCGGCGCGUCGCGCAUCUGUGAGGCGGGCCUGUCGGACGUGGCCCAGGGCGACAUGUUCUCCGACUUUGAGCAGUGGGAGGACGACGUGUUCUGGCCGGCCAUCGGAGCAAAGUACGGCACGGCGGGCGCUGCUGCCGCCAACGGGGACGAGCACGGCGGCGACCCGCUGUCGGCCAGCCUCGAGGUGCGCUUCUCCACGCCCCGGUCGUCGACGCUCCGCCAGGACGUCAAGGAGGCCAGGGUGGUCGAGGAGCGCACCCUGACGGCGCCCGGGGCGCCGCCUAAGAAGCACAUCGACAUCCAGCUGCCCGCCGGCAUGUCGUACAAGGUGGGCGACUACCUCGCCGUGCUGCCCGUGAACCCCAAGGACAGCGUCAGCCGGGUGAUGCGGCGCUUCCACCUCUCGUGGGACUCGCACAUCACCAUCGACUCGGACCAGCUGACGGCCCUGCCGACGGGGACGCCCGUGCCUGUGUCCGACGUGCUGGGGUCGUACGUCGAGCUGUCGCAGCCGGCGACGAAGAGGGGCAUCCUCCGCCUCGCCGAGGCCGCCGGCGACGACGCCACGAAACAGCAGCUGCAGGCCCUCGCAGGUGGCGACGCGUACGCGCGGGAGAUUAGCCUCAAGCGGGCGUCCAUCCUCGACCUACUCGAGCGGUUCCCGUCCGUGGCGCUCCCCUUCGGCACCUUCCUGUCGCUGCUCCCGCCGAUGCGCCCGCGGCAGUACUCCAUCUCAUCGUCGCCGUCCGGCGCCGCCGGCCCCGCCCGCGCGACGCUGACCUACAGCCUCCUUGACGCGCCCGCGCUCGCCAACCCGGCCGUGCGCCACGUUGGCGUCGCCACCGCCUACCUCGCCUCCCUCCUCCCCGGCGACCAGCUGCAGCUGUCCGUGCGCCCGACCCACACCGCCUUCCGCCUGCCCAACGACAGCCACAAGACGCCCAUCAUCUGCGUGGCCGCCGGCGCCGGGCUAGCCCCCUUCCGCGGGUUCAUCCAGGAGCGCGCGGUGGCGGCGGCGCGGGGCAGCGCCAAAAGCCUGGCGCCGGCGCUCCUCUUCUUCGGCUGCCGCGGCCCGCAGCUCGACGACCUCUACCGGGCCGAGUUCGACGCCUGGCAGGCGCAGGGCGCCGUCGACGUGCGGCGGGCGUACAGCCGUGCCGCCGCGGAGGAGACGGCCGAGGCGAAGGGCUGCCGGCACGUGCAGGACCGGCUGUGGUACGACCGCGACGAGGUCAGGGCGCUGUGGGAGCGGGGCGCGCGCGUCUACGUGUGCGGCUCGCGCGCCGUCGGCGAGGCUGUCAGACGGAUGCUCGGCCGGAUCCUGCUGGGCGCAGACGCCGGCGAGGACGAGAUCGCGCGGUGGUAUGAGGGCGUGCGCAAUGCUCGGUAUGCCACGGAUGUGUUUGAUUAA